AUGAUAGAUUGCAAACCUGUUAGUACUCCAAUGGAGACUAGCUGUAAAUUAACCAAGGCAGAUGACUCACCUGAAGUCAAUCAAUCUGAGUACAGAUCAAUGAUAGGCAGCUUACUUUAUUUAACUGCAUCUAGGCCUGAUUUAAUGCAUGCAGUCUGUUUGGUUUCACGAUUUCAAUCUGCCCCUAAACAAUCUCAUUUGAUAGCUGUGAAAAGAAUUUUAAAGUACAUUCAAGAUGAUAGAAAAAGCACCAGUGGUGCAGCUUUCUUCCUAGGAGAUCGUCUUGUUGCCUGGCAUAGCAAAAAGCAAGAAUGUGUCACUUUAUCAACUGCAGAAUCUGAGUAUAUUGCCGCAACAGCUUGUUGUACCCAAUUAAUCUGGAUGUCUUAUCAACUUGCUGAUAUGGGUAUUACAGUGUUAGCUAAUGAAUUUCAACUUUUAUAUGUGCCUUCCCAGGCACAAGUGGCUGACAUUUUCACAAAGGCUCUAUCUAAAGAAGUAUUUGAACAUUUCAGAGACAGGUUAUUCUGA